AUGUGUAGUACUAGAGCAAUUGUAACCGCUGAUAGUACGGAGAAAGUAGUAGCAUACAGCUACACAAGUGAAGAUUCGUUCUCUCCAAUUUUCACUUUCACGUUGCAGAAUGUAUGUAUAGAAGUCGCUUCCUUGAGUACGAAUCACUAUGGAGGUGGUGAUGCUCUCUUCGGACAACAUUUGAACAGUAGCACUGGCUCAGAAGUCUUUUUGGGUUACACUGACUCACUAAUCAGAGAUGAUUCUCAACUCGAUGAUUUUGCAUUUGCUGAAACAUCAACUUUGUCACUGUCAAUGAAGUCUGUUUCUUGUGAGGACUUGGAAGGUGUAGGAUCUUUUAAUACGACAUGCUUGCUAAGCUCAACUCAUUACUUGAAAUCUGAUAUUCUUAUAUAUGGUCUUGGAAACCUGGAGAUACUUUCCCAUGUUUCACUUUUAUGUCCUAUUGAUGGGUGCAUGAUAACAGUCAAUGUGUCUGGUAACAUUAAACUUGGUCAAAAUGCAUCCAUUGUUGCUGGUUCUGUUAUUUUAUCAGCUGCUAAUGUGACUAUGGACUACAAGUCUUCUAUAAACUCAUCAUCUUUGGGUGGGCCGCCACCUUCCCAAACUAGUGGCACACCAGUUGAUAAUGUAGGAUCUGGUGGUGGGCACGGAGGGCGUGGUGCAUCUUGUUUAAAAAACGAUAAGUCAAACUGGGGUGGUGAUGUUUAUUCAUGGUCUACGUUGUCUCAACCGAAGAGUUACGGGAGCAAAGGUGGUGGAAAAUCUACUGAAAAACAAAAUGGAGGGAAUGGCGGGGGACAUAUUGAGCUUUUAGUGAAGGACACUCUAUAUGUAAAUGGGUCUGUUACUGCAGAGGGAGGAGAUGGAGGGUAUGAUGGGGGAGGUGGUUCUGGUGGAAGUAUUUUAGUAUAUGCCGUAAAAUUGAAGGGAUAUGGUACUAUCAGUGCUGCUGGUGGGAUGGGAUGGGGUGGAGGCGGUGGAGGGAGAAUAUCACUUGACUGUUACAGCAUACAAGAAGAUUUAAAAAUUACUGUCCAUGGUGGUUCGAGUAUUGGUUGUACUGGCAAUUCUGGAGCAGCUGGAACGUAUUUCAAUGCAAAUUUACUAAGUUUGAGAGUCAGUAAUGACAAUGUGUCAACAGAAACAGAGACUCCUUUGCUUGACUUCUCAACCAGCCCUUUAUGGUCAAAUGUUUAUGUGGAAAAUAAUGCAAAAGUUUUGGUUCCACUUGUUUGGUCCAGAGUUCAGGUAAGAGGCCAAAUUAGUGUAUAUAAUGGAGGGAGCUUAAUUUUUGGGCUGUCUGAUUUUCCAAUUUCUGAAUUUGAGCUUGUUGCUGAAGAGCUUUUGUUGAGUGAUUCUAUCAUAAAGGUUUUUGGGGCAUUUAGAGUUGCUGUUAAAAUGCUACUCAUGUGGAACUCCACAAUACAAAUUGAUGGUAGUAAAAGUACUGUUGUGUCUGCUUCAGUACUUGAAGUGAGAAAUAUGGCCGUCCUAAGGCAAAGUUCCGUCAUUAGUUCAAAUACAAACUUGGGCUUAUAUGGUCAGGGACUGCUACAGUUGACUGGUGAUGGGGAUGCAAUUAAAGGCCAGCGACUAUCCUUGUCUCUCUUCUAUAACGUAACUGUUGGUCCAGGUUCUUUACUUCAAGCACCUUUGGAUGAUGAUGAUAGUAGAGGCACGGUGACUAAACAUCUUUGUGACGCACAGAGAUGCCCAAUAGAUUUGAUAACUCCACCUGACGACUGUCAUGUUAAUUAUACACUAUCCUUCUCACUUCAAAUUUGUCGUGUUGAGGAUCUUAGUGUAAAUGGCAUUAUGAAAGGAAGCAUAAUUCAUAUUCACAGGGCAAGAACCGUGGUUGUUGAUACUGACGGUGUGAUUACAGCCUCUGAAUUAGGUUGCACUGAAGGCAUAGGUAAAGGGAACUUUUUAAAUGGGGCUGGCGGCGGUGCUGGGCAUGGUGGAAAAGGAGGGUCUGGAUAUUUCAAAGGGAGAAUGAGUAUUGGUGGUAAUGAAUAUGGAAAUGCUAUUCUUCCAUGUGAGUUGGGAAGUGGAACUAAGGGCCCUAAUGAGUCAUAUGGGCAUGUUGUUGGAGGAGGGAUGAUUGUGAUGGGAUCCAUUCAGUGGCCACUUAUGAGGCUUGACCUUUAUGGAUCCUUGAGGGCAGAUGGUGAAAGCUUUAGCAAAGCAAUAACAAGCAGUGAUGGCUCAUUGGUUGGUGGUCUUGGUGGAGGUUCUGGUGGAACAGUCCUUCUUUUCCUUCAAGAAUUCAGGCUUAUGGAGAGUUCCUCUUUAUCUAUUGUUGGGGGUAAUGGUGGAUCCCUCGGUGGUGGUGGUGGUGGAGGAGGUCGAGUUCAUUUCCAUUGGUCAAAGAUUGGUAUGGGGGAAGAAUAUGUUCCUGUUGCAAGUAUUAGUGGCACCAUGAACUAUAGUGGCGGUGCCGGGGACGAUGGUGGUUUUCAUGGACAAGAGGGUACCAUAACUGGGAAAGCAUGUCCUAAAGGCCUGUAUGGAAUCUUCUGCAAGGAAUGUCCUGUUGGUACUUACAAAGAUGUCGACGGUUCUGAUGCACAUCUUUGCAUUCCUUGUCCUCUCGAUCUUCUUCCAAAUCGUGCAAAUUUCAUAUAUAAACGAGGGGGAGUUACAAAGCGCUCUUGUCCAUAUAAAUGUCUAUCAGAUAAUACUUUGAGAAUCAAGUUGAUUGGUUCUGGUAAAUAUCAUAGUUCAAGUUCAAUUGAACACCAUAAUCGUCAGAGUUUUCCACAUCUCCUUUCUCUUUCUGAGGUGCGUGGAGCCAAAGCUGAAGAAACUCAAACUCAUGUACACAGAAUGUACUUUAUGGGUCCUAAUACUUUCAGAGAACCCUGGCAUCUUCCUUACUCGCCUCCCCAUGCUAUAAUUGAAAUUGUGUAUGAGGAUGCUUUUAAUAGAUUUAUUGAUGAAAUCAAUUCUGUUGCUGCUUAUGAUUGGUGGGAAGGAUCGGUGCACAGUAUACUUUCAGUUGUGGCAUAUCCUUGUGCUUGGUCUUGGAAGCAUUGGCGACAAAGAGUCAAAAUUGGUCGCCUUCAGGAAUAUGUCAAGUCUGAAUACGACCAUUCUUGUCUGCGCUCCUGUCGUUCCCGUGCUUUGUAUAAAGGGAUGAAGGUUGGGGCAACUCCAGAUUUAAUGGUAGCAUUCAUCGAUUUUUUCCUUGGCGGUGAUGAGAAAAGAUUAGACAUUGUAUCAAUUAUACAGAAGAGAUUUCCCAUGUGCAUAAUUUUUGGUGGGGAUGGAAACUAUAUGACGCCUUACAAUCUUCACAGUGAUACACUGUUGACAAACCUCCUUGGCCAGCAUGUCCCAGCAACUGUUUGGAAUCGGUUGGAAUCUGGAUUAAAUGCUCAUUUACGGACAGUGAGGCAUGGUUCAAUUCGCACUGCACUAGGUCCUGUUAUUGAUUGGAUAAAUAGUCAUGCAAACCCCCAACUUGAGUUCCACGGAGUUAAAGUUGAGCUUGGAUGGUUCCAAGCAACAGCUUCUGGUUACUAUCAGCUGGGCGUUGUGGUAACAGUUGGAGAAUAUUCUAUUCAUGAUUUGCACCAGUCUGAUACAUGGGUUGGUACCGAUGAAGCUAUGAGGAAAAAUGUGGCACAUGGAAGAAAGAAUCUUCAGCAACUACAACAUAAUUGGCCAUACAUGGGAAAUUCCUUAUCUCUUAAAAGAAUAACUGGAGGUAUUAAUGGUGGCCUGAUAAACGAUGCUACCUUAAGAUCAUUGGACUUCAAAAGAGACUAUCUAUUCCCACUUUCUCUCCUGUUGUGCAACACUAGACCUGUUGGUCGUCAGGAUACUGUGCAGCUGCUGAUUUCUUUGAUGCUUUUAGCUGAUCUUUCUGUCACUCUCCUCAUGUUGCUUCAGUUCUACUGGAUUUCUCUUGCAGCUUUUCUUUCUGUUUUAUUAAUCCUCCCUCUUUCUCUACUGUCUCCAUUUCCUGCUGGUUUGAAUGCUUUAUUCAGUAAAGAACCUAGAAGAGCAUCACUUUCUCGAGUUUAUGCACUGUGGAAUGCUACUUCUCUGUCUAAUAUUGGAGUGGCAUUUAUUUGUUGCCUCCUUCAUUAUACAUUAUCCCAUAUUCACUCCCCUGAUGAGGCAAGUACACGGAAUGUUAAGAGGGAAGACGAUAAAUGUUGGCUUUUGCCCAUCAUCCUUUUUUUAUUCAAGUCGGUACAAGCCCGUUUUGUCAAUUGGCAUAUAGCGAAUAUGGAAAUCCAGGAUUUUUCUCUAUUUUGUCCUGAUCCAGAUGCCUUUUGGGCUCAUGAAUCUGGUUUAUAA